ACGCACUUUUUGAUCGAAUCGAAAAUCGAAUCCGUCAAAACUCCAUACAAAAAAGGGGCUUUUCGACCACUUUUCGACUGGUUUGCGAUUAUAAUUUGCACUUUGUCUAGACCCACAAAUUAUCAGCUUUUAUUCAACAGUUUUGCUCACAUUACAGAUAAGACGUAGGUGUCUUCCACCCAUUCUUCGAAUUUAAAGUCGUGAAUUCGUGAUAAAGUGAGCAGAUCCUCCCACGAACGACGCUGAAAGAUUGCAGUUUUUAAGUUUUGCUGAUUCAUUUGAUUAUUUUGUGCUUGCUCCCGCUGAGCAGGCGCGAUGGGCGAGCCCGCUGGGGAGGCGGCGGCGGCGGCGGAGGUGGUGCACGGCGUGCGCGUGGCGGGCGUGCGCGACGUGCGCUGCGCCGAGCACGACGCGCUCGUGGUGCUGCUGGCGCCGGGCGCGCCGCUGCCGCAGGCGCUCGAGGACUUCAUCCGCGCCGCGCAGGACCUCGACGCCGCGCUCGAGAAGAACAGCGCCGUUCUAAGCUGCUCUCGCGUGUCGGGAGGCCGACUCGUACUGUCUCCCACGGGGCCACUUACAGAAUAUGACGACGUGAGGAGCAUGUACGAGGCGGCGCGCGACGGCGUGAGGCGCGCGGCGGCGGCGGGCGCGCGCCGGCCGGCGCUGGCGCUGCUGCCGCACCCGCGCUGGCCGCGCGCGCAGCUCGUGGCGCUGCUGGGCGCGCUCGAGGCGCUGUACGUGCCGCUGCAGAUCCGCGAGUCGUUCCCGGAGCAGGCGCACGCGCUGGCGGCGCUGGGCGUGUACGCGGAGGGCGGCGCGGCGCCGCUGGCCGCGCUGCUGCGCGAGGCCGCCGCGCUCGAGGUCGCCAGGGGGCUGGCGCGCGACAUGGGCGGCGCGGACCCGGAGCGCAUGUCGCCGCGCGCGUGUGCGGCGCUGCUGCGCGGCGCGUUCGCGGGCGGGCCGGUGCGCGUGCGCGUGCUGGACGACCCGCGCGCGCUCCAGGCGCAAUACCCGCUGCUGGCCGCCGUGAGCCGCGCCGCCGACUCCGUCGACCGGCACAAGGGUUGCGUGAUUUUCCUGGAGUACGAACCAGAGUCAUAUGAUCAGACCGUGAUGUUGGUGGGCAAAGGCGUGACGUACGACACGGGCGGCUGCGACAUCAAGGCGGGCGGCGCGAUGGCCGGCAUGUCGCGCGACAAGUGCGGCGCCGCGGCCGUCGCCGGCUUCCUCAAGGCGUGCGAGCUGCUGCGGCCGCGGCUGCGCGUGCUGGCGGCGCUGGGCGUGGUGCGCAACUCCGUGGGCGAGGAGGCGUACGUGGCGGACGAGCUGCUGCGCUCCCGGCGCGGCGACUCCGUGCGCGUGGGCAACACGGACGCCGAGGGCCGGCUCGUCAUGGCCGACCUGCUGGCCGAGAUGCACGAGCGCGCGCGCGGCCUGCCCGGCGCGCACAUCUACAGCGUGGCCACGCUCACGGGCCACGCGCACCGCGCCUACGGCGACGGCUACACGGCCGCGCUCGACAACCACGCGGCGCGCGGCCACGCGCAGCGCCUGCAGGCGGCCGGCGAGCAGCUGGGCGACAUGAUCGAGGUGUCGACCAUCCGGCGCGAGGACCUGGCGGCGCACCGCGGGCGCGGCGACGAGCGCCUGCACCAGGCCGACCCGCGGCCCUCCACCGCCACGCCGCGCGGCCACCAGGCGCCCGCCGCCUUCCUGCUGCUGGCCGCCGGGCUGCACGCCGGCGCCGCGCGCUACACGCACCUCGACGUGGCCGCCAGCGCCGGCGACCUGCCGCGCGCGCCCACCGCCGCGCCGCUGCUGGCGCUCGCCGCGCACUACAAGCUGCUCUCCGUGUGACGCGGGCCCGCCCCCGCCCGCCGGGCCCGGCCCCCCGCCGGCGACCUGCCGCCCGCUGCUGGCGCUCGCCGCGCACUACAAGCUGCUCUCCGUGUGACGCGGGCCCGCCCCCGCCCGCCGGGCCCGGCCCCCCGCCGGCGACCUGCCGCCCGCUGCUGGCGCUCGCCGCGCACUACAAGCUGCUCUCCGUGUGACGCGGGCCCGCCCCCGCCCGCCGGGCCCGGCCCCCCGCCGGCGACCUGCCGCCCGCUGCUGGCGCUCGCCGCGCACUACAAGCUGCUCUCCGUGUGACGCGGGCCCGCCCCCGCCCGCCGGGCCCGGCCCCCCGCCGGCGACCUGCCGCCCGCUGCUGGCGCUCGCCGCGCACUACAAGCUGCUCUCCGUGUGACGCGGGCCCGCCCCCGCCCGCCGGGCCCGGCCCCCCGCCGGCGACCUGCCGCCCGCUGCUGGCGCUCGCCGCGCACUACAAGCUGCUCUCCGUGUGACGCGGGCCCGCCCCCGCCCGCCGGGCCCGGCCCCCCGCCGGCCCUACAAGCCGCUCUCCGUGUGACCGCCCAGGCGUCCGCACGCUCUAACGAAACAGUACAAUAAUAUUGCAUAAUAUUUUACACGUUAUACUUUAUACUAUCGAUUUAUAACUAUUUACGAUAUAUUAUAUUUUAUUACACAAAUGUUUUUUUUUAAUAAACGGAGUAAUAAAUUGUUUGA